AUGGGCCAGACCACCAAAUGGUGGCUCUCAUGGGCCUUUUUCUUUGCUGCUCCUUCCUUCCUCCUUCCUCAGCGACCCCAACCACGGCGCCACCUCACUGCCCAGCGUGCAGUUUUGGAGAUCAAGGAUGUCCGCGGCACCCACGAUGAACUCCGGACCUUGUUUCAGAUUGAGGAGCUCAAAAUCGAGAAGGGCCGGAAGGUCGCCGUGGUCGGCGCCAACGGCUGCGGCAAGUCCACGUUGCUCUCGUACCUCUCGGGGCAAGCGACGCCCCGCGAAGGCUCCGUGCGUUUGAAGCCACGGGCCCACAUCACCAUCGUGGAGCAAAAUCCCACCUUCGAUGCAAAGAAGACGGUUCUGGACACCAUCUACGAGAAGUCCAACUCACCGGUGGCCCGUGCCGCUCACGACUUUCGAGCCGCAUGCGCGCUAGGUGGCGAAGCUUUGAGCAAAGCCAUGGACCAGAUGGAUGCGAUGCCCGAGGCCUGGACUUGGGACGAGCAGGUGGCGGAGGUCGCCGAGGAGCUGGGGCUCUCCACGUUACUGCAGCGCCCUGUUGGGACGCUCAGUGGCGGUGAAGAGCGCCGAGUGGCGCUGGCUGCAGCUCUGGUGGACUUGCCUCAGACAGACUUGCUGAUCCUUGACGAGCCCACGAACCACCUGUCGGCAGAAGGAUGCGACUUUCUUCAAGAGAAACUGAGAGCCGCAAAGGAUUUGAGCUUGGUGCUGGUCUCUCACGACCGCUAUUUCCUCGACCGCGUGUGUGACGAGAUCUUCGAGAUUGAUUGGAACGGCGAGACCUUCCUGCAUCCCGGCAGCUGGGCCAGCUUUCUCGAGCGCCGCGCCCAGCGCUACGAGACUCGCGCUGGCCAAGUGCAAGAUGCCAAGGUGCAGCUGCGCCGCGCGGAGGAGUGGGCCCGGCGCGGCGCCUCCGGGCGGGGAACGAAGAACAAGGCACAAAUGAUGGCCGUUGAUGAGCUCCGGAAUAAAGCAAAGGCAGUGGUGGCAGCUAACGAUGGCACGCCGGACCUGCAGAAUAACCUGCUGAAGGGGAAGGCUCUCUCGACUUCCUCCUCGGGCCUGGUGGGACGUGUGGUGCUGCAAGAUAUUGUGGUGGAAGUACCAAAUCGAGGACGGGUUCUGAACAAUAUUUCCGUGUGCUUCGAGAAAGGGGAGAAGGUGGGUGUGGUUGGACCCAAUGGCGCUGGCAAAAGCACUUUGCUGAAGACUUUGGUGGGAGACAUUGAACCCAACAGUGGCGAAGUCUUCAUCGGCCAAGGUGUUCUCAUCGGCUGUUUGUCGCAGACCCCGCCGGAAUGGCCUGACCCAAAUCGCCGCGUCAUUGAAGUCGUCUCGGAUAUGGCCACUGUGGCCAUGACCCAAGCCGACGAUGGAGUGCUGGGCCGUGGGGCUGAGAGCAUGAGUCUUCAACGGCGGCGAGCUGCUAUGUUGAAGGCGGUCAACUUCGCAGAAAGCCGCUGGUCCACACCCGUGGGGAUGCUGUCGGGCGGCGAGAACCGCCGCCUGCAGCUCUUACGGGUGCUGGUGGAGCGUCCCAACGUUUUGCUGCUGGACGAGCCCACGAAUGACUUGGACGCAGUGACCGUGGACUCGCUGGAGAGUAUGCUUCAACGCUAUCCCGGCACAGUGGUGCUGGUGAGCCACGACAGGUCGCUUUUGGAUGGCGUGUGCGGAUCUUUUCUGGUGAUGCAGGAGGAUGGCUCUCAGCCCAUGUUGUGGACUGGGUCCUUCCACGACUUGCUGGUCACGCAGCAUAAAAAACAAAAAGCUUCAAAGAAUCCAGCAGAAGAGAAGGAAACCAAGCUUGCAGCAGACAAAGCAGACGAAGCUUCGAAGAACAAGCAGCGGAAAGAGCUGGUGCGACUGGAGGGGCAAAUCACGCAGAUGGACGAGAAACUGGCUGUGAUCGACCAACAGCUGGCCGAUCAGUGGGAUGAGCCGGAAGAAGUCGAAAAGCUGGUGGCACAAAGGGCCAAGGUGGAAGCAAAGCAAGCACAGGCCUACGAACGCUUCGAAAAGCUGAUGACUUGA